ACAGGUGUUUAACGAAUCGGAUCGUCUUCGACUGUGGCGUCUCGUCGCAGCGUGAUGACGUCACGCCGUGUGCAGUCCCAGAAUCUCGGCAUCCUUUCCUGAAAUGGCUGCUGUACAAGUAUGCGAAGCCGAGAAGGUUUACAUUAUGCACGGGGUGCGGGAUGACUUGCGGGUCGAUGGACGGGGAUGUGAGGAUUACCGGCACAUGGAGAUUGAAACUGACGUGGUGUCAAACACAGAUGGGUCUGCCAGAGUUAAACUGGGGUAUACAGAUGUUCUCGUCGGAAUUAAAGCAGAGAUUGGAAAACCUAAGCCAGCGGCACCAGAUGAAGGGUAUCUGGAGUUUUUUGUCGACUGCUCGGCGAAUGCGACCCCAGAGUUCGAGGGCCGAGGAGGGGAGGAGCUGGGCUCUGAGCUGAGCUGCACCCUCUACAAGGUGUUCAACAACGUGAACAGUCUGGAGCUGCGAGCGCUCUGCAUCGCCCCCCGGGAGCACUGCUGGGUGCUCUACGUGGACGUGCUGCUGCUUCAGUGUGACGGCAACCUGUUUGACGCCAUCUCCAUAGCGAUCAAGGCAGCGCUCUUCAACACGCGAAUCCCCAAAGUGACCAUCACGGAGGGCGAAGAGGGUGGAGCGGAGCUGGAGCUGUCGGACGACCCGUACGACUGCGUGAGGCUGAACGUGGAGAACGUGCCGUGCAUCGUGACGCUGUGCAAGAUCGGCCACAGGCACGUGGUGGACGCCACGCUCCAGGAGAAGGCCUGCUCUGUGGCCGGCUUGCUGGUCUCCGUCACGCACAAGGGCACCAUCACCUGCGUUAGGAAGGUGGGGGGGGGGAGCCUGGAACCUGAGAGCAUCUUCGAAAUGACAGAGACGGGCAAGCGGGUAGGGAAAGCCCUCCAUGCCCCACUGAUGAAGCUUCUGCGAGAUGAGGAGGCCCAGGGCAAGCAGAGGCAGAAAGUGGGCUUCCUGGGAUAAUCAGCCACCCCCCCGCGCCCCCCCCCCCC